CCACAUCCACCCUCAUUUCCCGCCAUCCUCCGCUGUCGCUCGUCUCCCCCAAUUACUUUCUUGACUUGAUACCUCACUCAUCGGUGCCUCGAGAUACCCACUAGCACCAUGUCCACCUCAUCAUACAAGUACGAACGCCUCGCGACAAGCCCCACAGCUGCGCCCUCAGACCUCAAGCGUCGGACGAGCCACGACGAGCCCACGAGCGACAUCCAUGAGCUGCACCGCCGGCUCGAGGCGGACCCCCGCUUCAACCCACCCACGCCGUCCGUGUGGAAGCGCGUCGCGCUCAUCCUCUUCCUCCUGUUCGUCUUCUGGUUUGGGUUCAAGCUGCGCACGUCCGUGUCCCCGGGCGCCGCGCCAAAGGUCGUUCAUGCUUCUAGGUACUCUAGGGACCACAAAUUUAGGCCGGCGGCGAGCCCGAUCAUUACUGAGCGGCUGAAGGACGGUCGUACGCGUGUGCGGGGGGCUGCCCCGACGGCUCGGUGAAUGUGGGCGCAUUCCCUGCAUGGACUUUUUAGAUUCUGUGGACGUACAUGCCUUGAUUUUGUCUUGCUCUACCCCUCUCUCAUUCUCCCACCGACAAUGGAGGCUUCCCUACUAUGGGCCGUUCCCUCCCCUAUCUGCCGC